AUGACGGCGGAGGUGCAAACAAAAAUGAGGCUACCGCAGCUUUCAUCUGAUAAACAACUAACAUUUAUUAAGUUAGCGGUUUUAUCAAUGGCAGCAAUAUUAUCGUUUGCAACACGCUUGUUCUCUGUGCUGCGUUUCGAGAGCGUAAUUCACGAAUUUGAUCCAUACUUCAACUAUAGAACCACAAGGUACCUGACAGAGGAAGGCUUUUAUAAUUUUCACAAUUGGUUUGAUGAUCGGGCAUGGUACCCAUUGGGGCGUAUCAUUGGCGGUACCAUUUAUCCUGGAUUGAUGGUGACGUCAGCUACUUUGUACAAUGUAAUGCAGUUUUUGAACAUCACCAUUGACAUCAGAAAUGUGUGUGUGUUCCUUGCACCAUUCUUUUCAUCGCUCACCACAAUUGUCACUUAUCUCCUUACUAAGGAACUUAAGGAUGAAGGUGCCGGUCUUGUCGCAGCAUGCAUGAUUGCCAUAGUGCCCGGUUACAUCAGUCGUUCUGUAGCUGGCAGCUAUGACAAUGAGGGCAUUGCAAUCUUUUGUAUGCUACUCACAUACUACUUUUGGAUAAAGGCUGUUAAUACCGGCACUAUAUUGUGGGCCACCAUGACUGCACUCGCUUACUUUUACAUGGUAUCCUCAUGGGGAGGCUACGUGUUCCUCAUCAACUUGAUCCCUCUCCACGUACUCGCUCUGAUGCUUCUUGGCAGAUUCUCUGCUCGUGUGUAUGUGGCUUAUAGUACAUUGUACUGUGUGGGUACUAUACUUUCGAUGCAAAUCUCCUUCGUCGGGUUCCAGCCAGUGCAGAGCUCAGAACAUAUGCUUGCUUUGGGAACUUUCGGUCUAUGCCAACUGUAUGCGUUCACUCAAUACUUGCGGCAGCACCUGUCUCCAGCUAACUUCGAGCUCCUGUUCAAGGCUUUACUUACCACAUUAUUGGCCACUCUGGGCACUGCCGCCGCUGUUCUCACAGUUACUGGUAAAAUCUCGCCAUGGACUGGACGGUUCUACUCUCUGUUAGAUCCAUCAUACGCUAAAAAUCACAUUCCGAUUAUUGCUUCUGUAUCUGAGCAUCAACCGACCUCGUGGUCGUCGUUCUACUUCGACCUGCAAGUGCUGGUGUUCUUGUUCCCCGCCGGCCUGUACUUUUGCUUCAGUAAACUGACUGACGCCAACAUAUUCAUCAUCUUGUAUGGAGUGCUCAGCAUCUACUUUGCGGGUGUCAUGGUCCGUCUAAUGCUGGUACUGGCGCCAGUGAUGUGCAUAGUGUCCGGAGUAGCCGCUUCUAGUUUAUUGAGUUUGCACGUGAAAGACAUCGAACCCAAAGUGGAGAAGCAUGAGAAGAAAAAGAAACAUGAGAAUAAUAUGGUGUUCCGGUCGGAGGUGGGCGCGCUGUUCGUGAUGGUGCUGGGCUGCCUGCUGGUGUCGUACGUGUUCCACUGCACGUGGGUGACGUCAGAGGCGUACUCGUCGCCCUCCAUCGUGCUCAGCGCGCGUGCGCACGACGGCGCGCGCAUCAUCUUCGACGACUUCCGCGAGGCCUACACCUGGCUCAAGAUGAACACGCCCGAGGACUCAAAAGUGAUGUCAUGGUGGGACUACGGCUAUCAGAUAACGGCGAUGGCAAAUCGAACAGUCAUAGUGGAUAAUAACACGUGGAACAACACGCAUAUAUCGCGGGUCGGACAAGCCAUGGCGUCGACCGAGGACCGCGCCUACGAGAUCAUGCGGGAGUUAGACGUGGACUACGUGCUCGUUAUAUUUGGAGGACUUGUGGGGUACUCCUCAGAUGAUAUAAACAAGUUCUUGUGGAUGGUGCGUAUCGGUGGCAGCACGGAGCGCGGCGCGCACAUCCGCGAGGCGGACUACUACACGCCCUCGGGCGAGUUCCGCGUCGACGCCGACGGCUCCUCCACGCUGCUCAACUGCCUCAUGUACAAGAUGAGCUACUACAAGUUCGGCCUCGUCUACACCGAGGGGGGACGUCCGCCCGGCUACGACCGAGUACGCGGUGCGGAGAUCGGCAACAAAGACUUUAACCUUGACGUACUGGAAGAGGCGUAUACCACUGAACACUGGCUCGUGCGCAUAUACAAGGUCAAGCCCCUGCCCAACCGAGGCAUGUGA